GUGAAAGCCGCCGGUUACCUGUGUUGUCGUCAUCACAUUUGCUAGCAAACACUUCAUAUCAAUUCUCAAUCUUAACUAAUAUUAGAGCGCCGCUUUUUUUUCUUAACUAAUAUUAGAGCGCCGUUGUGAUAUAAGUUACACGUUCCGAGAGGCCCCAUACUGUAAACGGGGAUAAAGAAUUAAAAGAAACUUCUGUUCGGAUUUUUCUGUACCUCACCAAUUUGGACACCCCCCCCCCCAUACUCUUAUAGGUCUUUUUAGAGCUAUCUAAGUAUGAGUGACUGUUACAUGACGCUUUCUUACCUUUUGUAAAAAAAAAAAAAGAAAAAUUCCAGGUUUGUAAAAGAUUAAAAAAAAAAAAAGUGCCACUAUUGUGACGUUUCCCGUCAUUUUGGAGUUCGUCCUAAGGCCUUAUUUAGACUUCCGCCGCACUCCCCGGGGUCCUAAAGCCCGUUAGGUUCGAUUUGCCUGCGGUCCUAUUCCCCUCAAAUUCCAGUGCGAUAUCGCGAUGUUUCCGGCAACAAGUUGAUCGCGUCAUCAUCCUCCACGCGAACGCACGCCGUCGUGUCCUCUUGCUUCGUGACCGAGCGUGAACACCAGCCGGAGCGGGAGUGACUGAGCGCGUCGCGCAUCGAUCAUGGAGCCCCCGGUGACGGCCGCCGAGGACAGCGAUGCGAAGAGGAAGAUCCAGUUCUCGGUGCCUUCGGCGGUGCCCAUACAGCUGGACCCGCGGCAGGUGGAACUGGUUCCAGGAAUCAAAGCCACAGCGUCUGCUCAGGCCACAGCCAUGUCACAUCAAAAAAUAAUGUUUUGGCGCCAUCUGGUGGUGUCCGUGGAGGUUUCCUCAGUCAAGCCACACUGCGGAUUUGCUCUGAUCGGGAAAAAGUUCUUUGGCGCCAUUUUUGGGGAUGGUGACAUCUUGUGCUUAAAAAUAAAUGUUUGCAGGCCUCCUCGUGUCGUCCAGAUCCGACGUCGGAGGCCCACGCCCGCCACCCUCUUCCGCCUGACGGACCCGCCCUCGCCAGAAGACGACGGCGGGCCUCAGCAGCUGUGCAGAGAAUGGCCCAAGCGCACCUUUCUUCCAUCGACAUGAGCUCCGUGGACCAGGACGAGCCACCGUCCGGGGAGGAAGAGGACGACGCCGACGACGACGAUGAAGGCCCGCAGUCAGAUACAG